CUGGUUAACGUCUUCGUUUAGAGAUCAACAUGGCGUUCGUUGUGAUUGCACUGAGCGCCAGUAUGGCUGUCGUUGUUGUAGGCGCUUUCAUCUUCCAGAUCCUUCCAAGGCUGUUUCCAAAACUUAAGACAUUAUUACCCUCGCAAGCUACGAUCAGCUACCUGCAGAUUGUGCCCAUAAGCUUUAUUUUUCCAACUCUUAUGUGGCUGUUCUUCUCAAUUUACGUCCACGCUCACGUUCCCGGGGACGCAUUCUCCUCGUUGCUAGGGUGGUGGCACACCUUUUUCACAUGUUACAUGAUGACUAACGCUGUUUUCUAUUACUACAUGACUGUCUUCGUUUGCCCGGGGUAUCCUCAACACCAGGACGCCUACACUCGAGACAGAUGUUUCGUGAAAAGCUACCAAAUUUGUGUCAAGUGUCGACGGGUUCGAAAUGCUGGAACUCAUCACUGCAGCUGGUGUCACACUUGCGUCGAGAUGAUGUGUCACCAUUGUCCUUUCACUAACAACUGCAUCGGCCGCCGGAAUUACAUCUACUAUUACACGUUCUUGGCAUAUGCGUUCUUUGGUUUGUCGUAUGCAAGUUACCUUGCCUACUUUCCGUUUUCGAAUUGUCUCUCUGGAUAUGCUCUGAAGAAAUUCAAAGAGACUCUGCUUAGCAUGCCUCACUUGAGUGUCCUCAAUCGCUAUUCACCUCGUUCUCAAUCAGCGAAAUCGAUGUGGGAUACUUUUAACAGUAUGGAAGUUGGCGAAGGCUGUGAAGAAAUUCAGGAUUACGCCGUCUUGUUUGCCCCCACAGUUGCAAUCACCGUAUUCCUUGGAGCAUUAUUUUUCUUCCAGUCGUUCCUUCUCCUCGCAGACAUGUCGAUAGUCGAUUUCUACGACUCACUCUCCAAGGCCUCUUCAUUUCAAGAGCUUCUUCGAAUUUGGUAUGUCAGCAUUUUCAAGCGAAAGAAGUAUCGUUUUAUGCAGUUGAUCCAGAACAAAAAAAGUCAAUGGUGGAGAUUUUUCGUCCCUUGCCCCACCGAUGUGGAGAAUGACUUACCUCCCAAGGACUUGUAAACGAAGGAUUUUGUCAAAGGGAAGGGGAACUCUCUCAAACUGAAUGCAAUCAACAAAAAAUCAUGGGAUAGAGAGGGAUCAUUAUGAAAGUAGUUGUUUUCUUUUUCAUUUUAACUGAAAGGGAAGUUUGUUCCUUCUCCCUACACCCUACAUGUAGAUGUAUGCAUUGUCAAUUCUCACUGAACCCCUUAACUCAAUUGAUCUAAUCAUUAAUUCUCCCCAUUUUCUUCCACACAUUUACUUGUGAAUUAGUUACAAGGAUUUGUUAUUAGGUUCAGAAAAUAACUUACACCUGAUAAAUUUGAGCAUUCUCAUUACCUGUUUGCUGGAUAAUGAAUGGAUAUUAUAGGGAGAAGUUACAUGUUGAUCAAUUCUGAGAGUUAAAGGGUUAAGUAACACAUCUCUUUUUCAGGUUAUUUUCCUCAUCAAUUUAUCUCCAAGCUGUCUUGCAUUAAAUUGUUUUCACUAAUAUCAUCAGAUCAGAAAGAUUUUUAGUGCAGCCAUGUCAGGAAAUAGACUUUCAUUCAUGAGAUCCUAUGGAUUAAUUAGAUGGAAUUGAUACACCCAGACUUGGACCAGGAUCUCCUUUUGUUUCCUCAUGUUCUCUGUAGCACUGUAACCUCUUUCAAGAUAGGGAAACCAUUUCAGAAAAUCAGAGUUUUGUUUUAAUGGACUGGUGGAAUUAACUUAUCUCAAGUCCUGGACCAACAUUGCUUCACUCUUUGUCUCUUUUUUGUCUUGAUGUAACCUUGCAACUUUUUUCAGAAUACAGGAUGAGAGAAAGGCUAAGUAUACUGCUUGUCAUCUUGUAAGCAUGCAAGUCAUUGGUUUUUGUCUCUCUCAAGGUUUCCAGGAUUAAUAUUUUUACUUUAAAGUUAUCUUUAAGUGUUGACUGCAAAGUAAAUGGUACUUCUUGCUGUUCUGGUUUUCUGGAAAGUUGAUAAUUAAGGCAAUCGCCUAAUGCAUCUAUUUGGCUGUUGUAUUUAAGUCUCCUAUAUAGUUGUAUUUUUGUAACUCAUUCUUGUCUCCAGCCUGUCUUGCUUAUUUAAGGCUUGAUAGUAUAUUCUGUCAUAACCUUUUAGAGGAUAUUUUUAUUUUGAAACAGUACUGAAGCUCCCUCAGAUGUCAAGAAAGAUUAGAAUAGUUUGCUGCCCUUUGAAAAAAUAAGUUAAAACUCUUUACCUAGAGGUCAAACUUAGAUCAGUGUAAUGCAAUCCUUGGAAUAAGGUAGUUUUUCUCCCCUUUUGGCAGGGAGGGAUGAUGGAGUUGAAUGACAUCUUGUUGAACUAAAUAAUCAAAAUAUAUUGCACUGUUUUUGCAAGUUCUAUGCUUGAAAUAGAAAUCGAAAUUGAAAGUUUUACAAAAUAUUGUUUAAUAUGUUAUUUAUUGCACAUGAAUUUGUGUUUAAAGCAUAUGAGAAGUGUGGUAUAACAGAAAGGUUUAACAAAGAUGCUGUUUAUAUCGUAACACUUCCUAUGAAAUGUUUGUUUUCCUAAGUUAUCACAAAUUUUAAGUGUUGUAGAAUUUAUGCAGUAACUCUUGUAAGGAAGGUUUACUGGGUAUCUUUAAAUUAAAUUAUGCUGUGUGAAAAAGCACUUAGUAAAUA